AAAGUGUUGUAUCUCAGUAUCUCAGUUAUAAUCAUUCUUAUUACCACCUUCACUUUUACUAAAUUCAACCCAAUGGAAGCAAUAUUGCAAUUGCAACCUCACCUUGAUAUCAAAUCAAUAUCCUAUCUUUCUCCAAAACCUAUUAUCUUUCUUCAUCAAAAUUUUCUUUCCCUAACAAGAUCUCGAGUGACUAUGUGUUCUUCCUCUUCUCCCACUCCUUCAUUUUCUAUCGGACAUUCAGGUAAAAAGAGGAUGCAUGAAAGUAAGAGCUUGAGUUUAGACAAGAUCAGAAACUCUUUGAUUCAUCGGGAGGAUACCAUAAUAUUCUGUCUCUUGGAGAGAGCUUAGUAUUCUCAAGAUUCAGAAGCAUAUGACAAUGACAUGUUAUUCAAAGGGUCUCUGGUUGAGUACAUGGUCAGGCAAAAUGAAAAGCUCCAUGCUCAGGUGGGAAGAUACAAGAGUGAGGAAGAAAAUGCUUUUUUUCCUCAAUACUUACCCAAGCCAAUGUUUCCACAUAUGCAAUACCCACAGGUUCUGCAUGACUAUGCUCAUUCCAUCAAUAUAAAUAAUGAGAUUUGGAGUAUGUAUUUUAACGAAAUCGUCCCAGAAUUGGUAAAAGCAGGAAAUAAUGAUGAGUGUGGAUCUAUUGCUGUUUACACUCUUUGCUUACAGGCUCUCUCUAAGACAAUUCACUAUGGCAAAUUUGUCGUUGAGGCAAUGUUUCAAGAUGCCCCUUCUCAAUAUGAAGCUGCAAUUAAAGCAAAAGACAGGAAAUUGUUGCUAGAGUUUCUGACAUAUGAAUCUGUGGAGGCAAUAAUGAAGAAGAGAGUUGAACUGAAGGCCAAAACAUUUGGCCAAGUGGUGAUGAUUGAUGAAGCAGAUAAUGUAGCCAAACCUACCUAUAAAAUCAAGCCAAGUUUAAUUGCAAAUCUCUUUGAAAACCGGAUUAUGCCUCUCACUAAAGAGGUGCAAGUGGAGUACUUGUUGAAAAGAUUUGGCUAAACAGAGAUGGUGACCCUAUACAGAAUCCAUGGUAUAAGGUUUUCAUUGUCUUUCCUUUUCCUUAAGGGUGAUUUAAGACACUUAAAUUUCAUAAAAGAAAAGUGUGUAAGAUUAUGAUUUUAAAUAUUUCAGAAUUUGUUUGAAGUAAAAUAUGCAUGUAUCAACGUUGUUCCACCGGUAUUAUUGGUAUUUAGUAUAAUAUUUCACGCACUACAACAAUUUAUAGUUUAAACCACACUAAAAUAGAUAACGGCUAAAUAAAUGUAGCCUAAACAUAUAAUGAACAACAUUUUUAUAAAUGAUGUAUAAAUAUCAUGAAAAUCCAUGAUUAUAUAAUUGUUGCUUUAAACUACGUGGACAAAACUAGUAAAAAUGUGGUCUAAAAACAUAGGUAAGGUAUAAAAUCAACAUGUAAAACUGUUGUCUAUUGUGAGAAUUUUAAGCAACGGUUUUAAAAAUAUUGUCAUACUACAAACCGUUGUCUAUUAUCUAUAGCUACACUCACCUAUGCCACACCUAAAAAAUUGUGGUCUAAUCUUUAGACCACGGUUUUUAUAAUUUAUAUCAUAAUUUUAUGCCGUUGUCUAAAGUUAUUUUU